AUGGGAAACAUCAAUAAAAAUGAUUUAUUUUAGUUAAAUCUCUAAUCUAAAACAAGUAAGUUAAGAAAAACUCUCAAAAUUAUUUAUAAGGAAAGAAGGGUCAAUUAUUAGGUGUGCUAUCUUAUGAAAUUUUAAAUCAACAUCAAAAGAUUAGAAAACAUUUGGAUUAUGGAUAGGGAACACUUAGAGAACUUUUGGAUCAUAAUUAUUAAAUCAUUCUGGAUAAAGAAGAUAUUUUUAUUAAUGCAAAAAUAUGUAGCAAUAAGAUGA